CCAACUUUCGCGAUAAGAAAAAUCCGAGCAUCCCUUGAACGCAUCAAACUCAAAUGAGAUAAUGAUGCGUUUGAGUGUCAAAGUCCGGCCUGCUGUGGUGUUUGUUGGCGGCUGUUGGUGAAAAUGGAGGAGCAGAAGAAGAAGAAGAUCCUGUGUGUGGGUCUGGUGUGUCUGGACAUCAUUAACGUGGUGGAUAAAUACCCCGAAGAAGACACUGACAGCAGGUGUUUGUCUCAGCGUUGGCAGCGAGGAGGGAACGCGUCAAACUCAUGCACGGUACUGUCGCUGCUCGGAGCGCCAUGUGCCUUCAUGGGCUCGCUGUCUGCUGGACCUGUGGCCGAUUUCAUCAUGGCAGACUUUUCGCGGCGUGGCGUUGAUGUGUCAGCUGUGGUCUGGCAGGUCAAAGGUCAGACUCCGUGUGCGUGUUGUGUGGUUUGUCCGUCCAGCGGAUCUCGAACCGUGGUUCUGUCUGACACGAAUCUUCCUGAUGUCACAGCGGAGGAUUUCUCCAGAGUCGACCUCCAACAGUUCCGAUGGAUCCACUGGGAGGGCAGGAACGCCGAUGAACAGGUGAAGAUGAUCCAGCAGGUGGUGAAGUAUAACAGCUUGUUACCACGGCAACAGAGAAUCAGCAUCUCAGUGGAGAUAGAGAAGACCAGAGAGCCGCUGUACCAGCUGUUCCCUCAUGGUGACGUGGUGUUCGUCAGUAAAGACGUCGCUCGCCACUUCGGCUUCCAGACGGCUGAAUCUGCUCUAAGGGGACUCUACGGUCGAGUCAGACCGGGGGCCAUCCUGAUUUGUGCCUGGGCAGAAAAAGGAGCCGACGCUUUGGGUCCUGACGGCGUUCUGGUCCAUUCGGAUGCUUUUCCUCCUGAGAGUCUCGUCGACACUCUGGGAGCAGGAGACACCUUCAACUCAGCCGUGAUCUUCACGCUGUCCAACGGGGGAAGUUUGCAGGACGCUCUGACCUUUGGCUGCAAAGUCGCCGGAGCAAAAUGUGGUUUCCACGGAUACGACGGCAUCGCUGAGAAGUUCGCAAAGACUGAAGACUUUUAGGAGAAGUGGAUCUAAAGGACUCUAAUCAUGAAGUGAAUCAAGAGGGAUUUUAAAGGAAGUAAACUGUGAAUCAGAACCACUUCAGUGAUAAAUAACUGAUAAUAAUGUGAUGUUCUCUAAAAAUGAGCUGCUGGACCAACAGUUAACGCUGGGAUUGAGUGAAUGGAGGAGAAUGUUGAUAUUAACUGUCAUGUAUGAUGUAAAAUAAUUUUUUUUUCUACCUGAUGAGAAACACUGAAUCUGGUCAAUAAAUGAAGUGAAAGAUGA